AUGCCAGAAUGCCGCCCGCUUUCAGUUAGCAUGGGAAGCGCAAUACAUUUCGUGAAGAACAGGAUUGCAAAUCUGCCCAUAACGCUUACUGAAUCUGAAGCAAAGGCUGCUCUUCAAUCAGAUAUCAAACGUUUCAUUAGCGAGAAGAUCGUUGCACCAGAUAAAGCGAUCGUCAGACACGCUGUUACUAAAAUAAGAGAUGGUGAUGUGCUUCUGACCUAUGGAUCUCCAACUGCUGUGGAGAUGGUAUUAUUACAGGCACAUGAACUCAGGAAGAAGUUCCGUGUCUUGGUCGUGGAUUCUCGUCCGAAGCUUGAAGGGUAUGAUGCUACUCUGUCUGAUUACAUUUCCAUGAUAAUAACAGACUACGGCAUGGUACCGCCCACGAGCGUGCCUGUCAUUGUGAGAGAAUAUCAGAAAGAACAUUUGCUUGUCUAA